CCCCAACCAUCCAGUUCUGCUCUCCCUUCCUGUCCAUGGCGUCUUCAAGGACCCCAUAUGUCUGCGUUAAUUGCAGACUAUCGACCCCAUUAAGCCGUUCCCUCUGUCGCAACUUCUCCUCUUCUGCUCGUCGGCCCGAAAUCCUUCGACCCGCGACAGCUCCGAAGCCCACCCCAGACGUCAAACACAUUCGCCAGAAUGCAGAACUCUACUCCAAGAACUGCAUAGAACGAAACUACCCCUCUCAUGCCGAAUACCCGCACAGAAUACAACAGCUAUCCGAGGAGGCCAGGCGUCUUGACCACGAUCUCAAAGCUCCCCGGUCCCGCAUUAAGCAGCUGGAGAAGACAAUUGCGAAGCUUGCAAGUUCUGCUCGACAGGAUGGACAACAAUCUGGGGGAAACACUAGCGAAGACCUGACGGCUCUCCGAUCGGAAGCUCAGCAAUUGAAGGAUGAAUCACAGGCGAUGAUGACGCAGAAAACAAGCUGCGCGGACGAAAUCCAACGACUCGCACUCUCCCUUCCGAACCUCUCUUCCUCCGAAACCCCCGUGGGAAACGACCACAGAUUAGUCGAGUAUAUCAAUUUCGAUCCCAACUCCCCUCCCGAAUGGGUCAAUCGUCCGGACCCGGCCCGCUCCCAUGUCGCGAUCGGCACGUUGCUCGGUCUUAUUGAUUUCACCAGCUCCGCAACCACGACAGGUUGGGGUUGGUACUUUCUUACCAACGAAGGUGCUCUUCUCGAACAGGCCUUGAUCCAGUACUCGUUGAGUGUUGCCCGUCGUCGGGGCUGGAAGGUCGUCUCCCCACCGUCGAUUGUCUACUCCUACAUCGCAGAAGCAUGUGGCUUCCAGCCCCGCGACCAGCACAAUGAACAGCAGAUCUGGUCCAUCGAACAAAGUGAAAAGGAUAAGAGCAAACCACAACGGUCUCUGACUGCCACAGCGGAGAUCCCUCUAGCUGCCAUGUAUGCCGGUCGGGACGUCGAUGCGUCCAGCCUACCCAUUAAAUUGGUCGGGGCAAGCCGUUGCUACCGUGCCGAAGCAGGAUCUCGAGGCGUCGACACCAAGGGACUCUACCGAGUCCACGAGUUCACCAAGGUUGAACUGUUUGGGUGGGCAGAUAACCUCCCAACACCAGCAACGGACUCCCCUACCUCCAACACCCUCUUCUCCGAGCUCCUAGAUAUCCAAACUGAGAUCCUCACCUCGCUCAACCUCCCAUGUCGCGUCCUGGAAAUGCCCUCGACCGACCUGGGCGCCAGCGCCAGCCGCAAACGCGAUAUUGAAGCCCUCUUCCCAUCACGACUUCGUGCUACUUCCGGUACCGACUCCUCUCCUGACCUUGGACCUGCCUGGGGAGAGGUAACCUCCGCUUCCAUUUGCACGGACUAUCAGAGCCGUCGCCUUGGAACUCGUGUGCGUGGCGGUGUGGUCAAAGACUCUCGCUUCCCGCAUACAGUAAACGGAACUGCGAUGGCAGUUCCGCGGGUGUUAGCAGCCAUCCUGGAGAAUAGUUGGGAUGAAAAACGGGGGGUUGUUGUCGUGCCCGAGGUUUUGAGGAAUUUUAUGGGAGGGUUGGAAGUUAUCGGGGAGAGAUCUUGAUCAUAUAUCUUGUAUAUCAUAUACAUUUGUACAAUAUCAAAACAAAACUCGACUUUGCCAGUCUGUAUUAUGCCUAUGUCUGGAAUAAAAGUAGUUAUCGGUCUGGGCCUUAUUAAUCUCAUUUAUGUACUGUAUCGAGCGUAUAUGGGAAGAUAUCCCCCAAACAAAGGCACAACAUACCCGAGGGAGAAAUAGCGAAUUUAAAGACACAGAAGU